UCCCAGUUCUCAUCAGCCAGCAUGCUCGGUUAGCAGUGCAGAGGUUAAAGCCUCUGAGAUCUCCACACAAGCGACAGAAUGAAGAACACCAUCUGAAUUCUGCUGAAGGACAAUGGGACUCUCUAUUUAUUUUUAUGAUGCUGCCGUCUCCUGGCUAAUUUCAUACAAGACUGAUGAGCACUACUGACAGAACACACAAGCAAAAUGGAUGAACCCUCCACGUAACAUUCAACUUCACUUUCUGGAAUCCUAAGUGGAAAAGAGGCAUUCUUUCAGCAUGAAAUCCAGUGCACACCAGAAGUUCUAUACCAAAUGCUUCGAGGAUAAAGCUUCCAUGUAAUUGCUGUGGGAUUUAGAACUGCCGCACUCUCAUUCUUCUGACUUUCAGUAAGAUAACCUGAACACUUAAUUCAACUACAAUGAGAAGACAGUAUCCGGAAAAUAAAAGAUGAACCCACUUGAUGCAACAAAAUCAGGAUUUUUACUGUGCAUUGCUGUCUGCAUGUUCAUCUACACUUUCAUCUACCUGAAGGAUACACUUUCUGAAGGGUCAAAUGAACAAAAAUUUAAUGCAAAUAUAGCAGAGUGUGGGUUUUACCCGGAUGAGCUUUGUUCAGCUCUUUUUGCAGGGAAAACUGCUGCUUUUAAAAUUGGAAACUCUUGUCAGAAUACCUACCAAUCUAAAACACUCAGCUGCAUUCAGACUCCAUGCAACUGCUCUGUGGUUUUGAAGACUCUGCAUUUUAUCACAAGACCACUGUCAGAUGAAGAAGGGAAUUUCUCCUUGGCAUACAUUAUUACAAUUCACAAGGAGCUGGAAAUGUUUGUAAAGCUGUUAAGAGCUAUUUAUAUGCCUCAGAAUAUUUACUGCAUACAUGUUGAUGAGAAGUCAUCACAGGAUUAUAAAGCUGCUGUACAAAACAUCGUCAAUUGUUUUGAAAAUAUUUUUCUUUCCUCAAAAAGAGAAAAUGUUGUUUAUGGAGGAUUUUCAAGAUUACAAGCUGAUAUUAACUGCAUGAGAGAUCUAGUUCAUUCCAAAAUUCAGUGGAAUUAUGUUAUUAAUCUGUGUGGGCAAGAUUAUCCCAUUAAAACAAACAAAGACAUUAUACAAUACAUCAAAAGUAAAUGGAAUGGUAAAAAUAUGACUCCUGGGGUAGUUCAACCACUUCAUAUGAAAUACAGGACACAGAUUAGUUACAAGGAGUAUGUACAUUCUGGAAUGUCAUACGUGUAUCCAACAAAGAAUACAAAAGCUAAACCUCCAUAUAAUUUGACUAUAUAUUUUGGUAGUGCCUACUACAUACUCACUAAAGAGUUUGUAGAGUUUACACUGACUGAUGUACGUGCAAAAGAUUUGCUUGAAUGGUCAAGAGACACGUACAGCCCGGAUGAACACUACUGGGUCACACUGAAUCGUUUAAAUGAUGCUCCAGGAGCUACACCACAUGCAGACUGGGAAGGAAACAUACGAGCCAUUAAAUGGAAAGAUCAAGAAGGAACCAUACACAAAGGCUGCAAAGGUCAUUACAUCAGAGACAUUUGUGUCUAUGGACUAGGGGAUUUGCAGUGGAUUAUAGAGUCACCUCAUCUGUUUGCCAACAAAUUUGAGCCUGCAACAUACCCACUUGUUAUGGACUGCCUAGAGAGACGCUACAGGCUUAAAGUAUUGCACCAGGCAGAAGUCCCCAUAGAAGAUCACUGGCGUUUUCAGGAAGAGAACUACUUCAACAUGAAGCUGAACGUUUGAGCUUAACUAACAUCUAAUCAAGUGCUCAAAAUACUGACAGAAAUGUUAACAUUCUUAGCCAUAGACUUUACUCUGUGCAUCACAGUGUAAGUACAAUACCGUACUACCAGCUUGCCAGUGAAAUAAACAGUUUUUAUUUAUUACAGUAAGAUAAACAGCCACAAUUAAUGGGUUAAUUCUCAAAGAAAAUGAGAUGUCUGAAUCUAUAAUUUACUAAAGACAAGGGGGAAGUUCGUAAUCCUUUAAGUGACACAUUUAAGUGGAAAAAUACGUGUUCCUUAUGUCCUUGGCAAAAAAAGGACUAACCAGUAUGAAAACAAUAGGUGCAAGACUGAACAAAGAUAAAAGAAAAGGACAAAUUAAAGUCAUGUUUAUUGUAUGCAUUAUGAAACAGAUUAUUCUGAGUAACUAAAAUUUCAGAGCUUGUAGAUAUGCAAGUGACAGCCAGUUUCAGAUACAGCCUAUUUCACUGAGGAUUUUUUGUUGGUUUGUGUCUCUCUCUCCCGUCUUUUUUCCUUUUUUCCAUGGCCAGCUGCAUCUCUAAUUUCAUUGUGUAGCAUGGCAACA